AUGUAUUCGUACUGUUGUCUCUACAGUCUCGUGUGGUCAAGGGAGACUACAUUUAAAUUUAAUGUCUACACGUUUACUGUACCAGAGUACAAUCGCAGAUUUUGUAAAUUAGUAUUCUUUGUACAAAAAUGCAGUAGGGAGUCAGGUGAUGAUCACGUGAUCGAACUAGUUAUGGCCGCAGGUGGAGACGACGUCUGGGAAAGGAGUGUAAUGAAGAAACUUCCACAAUUAGUUAAAGCCUUACGUCCAAGCCUUCUGUUAGAUCAUCUACGUGCUAGUGAACUGCUUGCUUCUGAAGAGUACCGUAGACUACAGGCAAUGACGACAGAAGAAGAACGGUCGCGUGAGCUUCUCCACAAUUAUCUUCCAACUAAAGGAAAAACAGCAUACUCUAAAUUCUGCAACGUUCUGAGUGAAGUAGAAGGCCAAACGCAUGUUCUAACAGAAAUACUACAAGAGAGAAGUCGUCCUAGGCCUGCCAAGCGCAAACUGUCACCUCAACGGUCAUCUGUCGAUUUCAGACAAACUCGGUCUCGAGCAGCCAAGAUCAGCAAACCAUCCGACAAAAGGGCAACGUUUGUCUUCAAAUCUGAGUAUGAAGCAAUAGUUAAACCUCGAGAAAAUGCUCUUAGAAAAGUAUGCCAGAAUCUGUUUGGCACCGACCCAAACGAAGUGAAGUUCGUGUAUGGUGGAAGUGGAAACAUUGAAGACAGCCGUCCAUGUCACUGCGACGCCGAGGUGAAGCUACUAAGUCUGGUGAUUUAUGGAGUGGCGGCAGAGAAGGUGCGAGAGAUGCGAGAUCAUUUGAUCGAUUGUGUAAUGACAUUUUUGAGGAAAGAGAAAGUAGUAGUGGAUCGUAACGACGUUGAAUUUCUGGAAGCGGCAGAGAGCUCGGCAUUCGUUGUACUGCGCAUGCCCUUUAGUGUCUACUUUCCUCUACUGUGCAUCUUUGCAGAACCAGGUAAAGAGCACCAAUUUGGUAGCAUACUUCAAACUCUCUUUCCUGAUAUGACAAAGGCAAUGCUUUGUGUGGGAGGCUUGCCUUUCAUUCUCCUACAAGGUGAACGUCCAAGUCAAACAACGUCUGCUGGUAUGGAAGUAUCGGAACUACCUAGUGAGCAGAAGACAGCAAGUGAUUACGAGCAGUCUCUUACGACUUCUCAGCAUACGACCAAAGUAGUUGCAGGUUUCAAGCUUGAACGAAGUGAUCACCACAGGGAGCGUUUUGAGAUGCUGCCUCCUAUAGCACGAGACAUUGCAAUCAUACUGCAAAGAAUGAAACUUGCCAGCGUUAUUUGA